CGGUGACCGGUGGGGUCCAGCGCGUAGUCUAACUCAUCAGCACUCCAGCAACAGGGGACAGGCAUAUUACUCAGUUGUUACUUAUUUAUUGUAUUAUUUUAUUUUUUAUUACUAUACCUUCUUUCAUUUUCAUUUUAAAAGUAGGAGGACUGGAAGUUCAACCUCCACGCCUGUCCUCAGACUUAGCUUACUGCUGCUUUACUGAAUUCAAGGUACCUCCUGUGCCACUCUUUGCUUGUGGGCCACAAUGGGAGUCAAAGCUGCCCUUCCCAAAUAUGAGCUAUACAUCUACAUGGCUGUUUUGUACAUGGCUAUGAUCUGGGCUGGUAGCUGGGUGCUUGAAGUCUCCAGUGUGAAUGUGAACAGGAAGGCUUUCAAGGCCACUGUGAAGUCAGGAUGGCACUACUUCGGGAGGAAGAUGGACAUUGCUGAUUUUGAAUGGGUCAUGUGGUUCAGCACGUUCCGCAACCAUAUAUUGUUCGCCCUGUCGGGUCAUGUGAUCUUCGCUAAGAUCUGCUCCAUGUUGGCUCCUCAGCACAGGUCCAUAAUGUACAUGGCAUAUGGGAUGAUGGCCAUCUUCAGUAGCAUGGGCUGGACCUAUGUGGCCCUCAUCCUGUCCCACUGCAUCCUGCUCUACAGCAUCUCAUUGGUCAAGCUCAGGUGGCUCUGCUUUGUAGCCGGCUUUACCAGCCUGGCCACCAUUAAGGUGGAGCCCUUUAUCUCUUGGCAGGGUGGUUUCAUGAAAGGAACCUUUGAGCUGCAGCAGGUGCUGUUUUACGGAGGCUGUGGAUUCUCCAUCAUGCGCUGCAUGAGCUUUGCUCUGGAGAACUGUGAAAAGAAGGAGAGCAAUUACAGCUUUCUGGAGCUCCUUAAGUAUAACUUCUAUCUCCCCUUCUUCUACUUUGGACCUGUCAUGACUUUUGAUAAAUUUCACACUCAGGUCAACAGUCCUGAUUUGACUCGUAAGGAGAGGGAGAUGUGGAACAUCACCACCCAAGCCGUGUUGCACCUUGUGGCCAUUAUCAUAGUGGACGUCCUUUUCCACUUCCUGUACAUCCUCACCAUACCCAAUGACAUCAAGCUGUUGAAGCACCUCUCAGAUUGGGCACUUGCUGGUUUGGCCUACUCCAAUUUGGUGUAUGACUGGAUCAAAGCAGCUGUAAUGUUUGGGGUCAUAAAUACAGUGUCCAGACUGGAUCACCUUGAUCCCCCUAAGCCUCCGAAAUGCAUCACCUUGCUGUAUGUUUUUGCUGAAACACAUUUUGAUAGAGGAAUAAAUGACUGGCUCUGCAAGUACGUUUAUGACUAUCUGGGUGGAAACCAUGACAACAUCUGGAAUGAGCUUUUGGCAACCGUCAGCACAUUUGGAAUCACCGCUUUGUGGUUGGGACCGUGUGAGGUGGUGUUCAUCUGGUCUUUCUUCAAUUGCUUUGGCUUGAACUUUGAGCUGUGGCUGGCCAAGUUCUUUUCGCUGGAGCCAUUUGCAUCCAUGGAGAUGGUGAUGUCUGAAGCCAUGUCUCGGAGGAUUAGGGCAAUCUUCAAUGCUGCUAACUUCUGGAUGAUUGUCCUGUACAAUAUCCUGGCACUCAACAGCUUUGAUUUUGCCAAGCUAGUUGCCAGGAGACUACUCAUCAAAGGCUUCCCUGUUUCCACACUAUCUGUGCUGUUUGUCACAUACUGCGGCGUGCAGCUGAUCAAGGAACGUGAGAGGAGGCUGGCCUUGCUGGCUGAUCCUGACCCCAUCCCAGCCCCUGCCCCUGCCCCUCCUCCCACAGCAGUCUCUGCCCCUGUCACUCAUACUGGCCCUACCCUGAAAGAGCCUGUGGCAAUGGAGGAGCCAGGGAAGGAGAAAGCAGAGUAACGAGUUCCACAGAACUCCUCAUAGAAGGAGUCACAGAACUCCUUAUAGUUCUCAGUGCCAUCACUACUUGAGUGACAAUGAGCAGGAGCGGAAUUAGCGGGGGUGACAUGGGUGUGGCACACCCAUAUGAACAGCCAUGGGGGGGGGUCCCCUGAGAACCCAAAAAUAUACUCUAACUUAGGU